GGGAGGCGCUACCAGACACCGGUGAUUGAGGUGGGGUAAGAAAAGAAGGAAUUACACCGGGAGAAAGAAGAAAAACGAGAACGAAUGAAAUUACCCCUACAGUAGAAUUUCGAUAUUUACACCAUAUAUGUGAUUGAGAUCUCUUGCAUCAAUUUCCCGGCCCCUCUCUCGUCUGUGUGUUUGCGUGGGAGUCUGUAUUGUCUGAGGCAGGAACAGUGGUUGUCUGUCUGCCAUACUGAUUACCAGAGUGACGUGAUUGGGGUACAGCUGGGUGUUUUCUCUCUCUCUUCCCCCUCUGUCUCAUCUCCCUUGUUUGUGCAAUUGGCCAUGGGUGACAUCAGCGAUCUGGACAGACAGAUCGACCAGCUGAGGAGAUGUGAGCUCAUCAAAGAAAAUGAGGUCAAAGCACUGUGUGCCAAAGCCAGAGAAAUCCUUGUGGAGGAGAGCAACGUACAGAGAGUAGAUUCUCCAGUGACAGUAUGUGGUGAUAUCCAUGGACAGUUCUACGACCUGAAGGAGCUGUUUAGAGUGGGCGGUGAUGUUCCGGAGACUAACUACCUCUUCAUGGGCGACUUUGUGGAUCGAGGGUUCUACAGUGUUGAGACAUUUCUCCUGCUUUUGGCUCUCAAGGUGCGCUACCCUGACAGAAUCACGCUCAUCCGUGGCAACCACGAGUCGCGGCAGAUCACGCAGGUGUAUGGGUUCUACGACGAGUGUCUCAGAAAGUACGGCUCUGUGACUGUGUGGAGGUACUGCACGGAGAUCUUCGACUACCUGUCCCUCUCGGCCAUCAUUGAUGGAAAGAUCUUCUGUGUGCACGGUGGUCUCUCGCCCUCCAUACAGACACUGGACCAGAUUAGAACCAUCGACAGGAAACAGGAAGUGCCACAUGACGGCCCCAUGUGCGACCUCCUCUGGUCAGACCCUGAAGACACUACCGGCUGGGGUGUGAGUCCGCGCGGAGCUGGCUACCUGUUUGGCAGUGACGUCGUGGCCCAGUUUAACGCUGCUAACGACAUAGACAUGAUCUGUCGAGCCCAUCAGCUGGUCAUGGAGGGAUACAAAUGGCACUUCAACGAGACAGUCCUCACUGUGUGGUCAGCUCCCAACUACUGCUAUAGGUGUGGUAACGUGGCGGCCAUCUUGGAGCUGGAUGAGCACCUGCAGAAAGAGUUCAUCAUCUUUGAGGCGGCGCCGCAGGAGACGCGCGGCAUCCCCUCCAAAAAGCCUGUGGCCGACUACUUCCUGUGACCCCCCCCGACCUCAGGAAGCAAAACAUGCGCAGCAGGAGAUGCCAUCCUCCGCACCAUCUUGUAUUUCUACCCUCCCCUCUCCUCCUCUCCUCUUCUUUCCUUCCAUCUUCCCUCCAUACUGUCUUAAUGUGGAUUUUUGUUUUCUGUUUUGUUUUUUUUUUUAAACUACUUUCUUGCUCAUAACUCUCUUCUUUUUUUUUUUUUUUUUUUUUUUUUUUUUUUUUUUUUCUACCUGCCCCUGAAGGAUUUUGUUUUGUAAAGACUCAAAGCUUCCACACACACUCACCUCAGCACCCAUAAAGAACACCUGGACUUAAGUUUUCAACCAUCUCUCACGCAUGCUCUCACACACACACACACACGCGCGCGUACGUUGCCCACUGCUGUAGCCCCACCCACCCCCCUCCAUAACCCCCUUUCUAUGCUGUAGCAGUAGAGUUUUCUAAUGAAUGUGAAGAGUACUGUGGGGAGAAGCAGAGUGAGAAGAGAGGAGGGAGAUAAACACAGAAGGAGAGGAAUGAAUCCCUUUCCAGCCCGUGUGUGUGUGUGUGUGCUGGCAUAGUGCGACUGGGCCUUUCUUAUUCUCUUUUUUCUUUUCUUUUUGCAUAGCAUCUUAUUUUUCAGUCUGUUCUUUUGUGAAAGAGUGGGCAGUUGGAUCACUGCUCCCAGGUAUUCUGUUCCAGUCCACCUCUUGGCAGCCGUGAUCCGGCUGUGGGCCGCAUCUGGCCCGCACCGGGUCGGUGCUGGAAGCGGUCCAGCGUCAGUGGCCCUGCACUCACCCAGUCGUCUAAAGGUCUGGAUCAGAGUUGAAAAGUUACGAUCCGACCACUGCAAAGCUUGGUGUACCAAUGGACCACGCACGCAUGCACGCACGCAAGGACACGCAUACAUACAUGAACACGUGUACACCCCCUGCUUUUUCUCUCUGCUGUUAGAGGUGUGACCCAAACAACUGGUGGCACACAAACCAAACUGCAUUCUUUCUGAAAUGUGCUUUCCCUUUGACUGUUCUCUCUCUAGGACUUCUCCUUGAUUUUUAUUAUUAAUUAUUUGUGACAAUAAAACUGUACUUUUGUAUAAAGUUUA